AUGGAAAAUUUUUCCAGAGGGGGCGGAGCCGCGAGUGGGUUGGGGAGGGGGGGAGAAGAGGGAGAGGCGGGUCCCGGGAAAGAAUUAAGGCGCCGCCGGCAGGAGGCUGGGCGCAUUGCGCAGAGCGGAGGAGCUUCGGUCAGGUGCGCCCGGGCGCGGGGCUGGGAGAUGCGUCACCCCAACACCGCAGCCCUUUGUCCUUUCUGGAGCCCCCCUCCCUUCGAAGAUGGCCCGGGGGGUGGUGGUGGUGGGGAAGGUUUGGGCUUGGAAGAGGGGGGUUGGACGCCGGGGACCCCUUGGGCGUCUCCAAGACGCCCGCUUUACCUUUUCCAGGACGCCUGGGUCCUCUUCUCUCUCUCUCUCUCUCACUCCUCUGUUCCUCCAGGACGCCUGGGUCCUCUCCCUCUCUCUCUCUCUCUCUCCUCCCCCUUCCUCCUUCCCUCCUUCCAGGACGCAUGGAUCCUCUUUUUCUCUUUCUCUCUCUCUUUCUCUCUCCUCCACUCCCACCUCUGUUCCUCCAGGACGCCUGGGUCGGCUCUCUCUCUCUCUCUCUCUCCCUCCCUCCCUCCUUUCCUCCUUGGACACCUGGGUCCUCUUUAUCUCCCUCCCUCCCUCCACCUCUGUUCCACCAGGACGCCUGGGUCCUCUUCCUCUUCCUUUUCCUCUCCCCCACCCCUCUCCACCUGUGUUUAUCUAGGACGCCUGGGUCCCCCGCCCCUUUCUCUCCCUUCCUCCUUCCCUCCUUCCAGGACACCUCUGUUCCUCCAGGACGCCGCCUGGGUCCGUCAUCUUUCUCUCUCUCUCUCUCUCUCUCUCUCUCUCUCUCUCUCCCUCCCUCCCUCCCUCCCUUCCCCAGGACGCCUGGGUCCCUUUUCCCUCCAGCUUUGCAAAGGGAGGCGUUGCGUCCCCCGGCGAGAGAAGCGGAGGUUCCUCCAGGUUUCAAAGACCUCUUCGCCUUUUCUUUUUCUUCUAAAUUUUUCUAGAGAGGAUGAGGAAGGAGGAGUUGGACCCCUGGGUCCCCUCCCCCCAGCUUUGCCACUUAGUUAAUAAUUGGACAGUGCGGUGUGGUUAUUUCUUACAGCAAUGUUUAAAUCAGUUUAAACCAUUUAGGGUGGGGGGGGAGUUGGGGGGGAGUGCAGGGAUGUUUCUUGGACACCUGGAUCCGCCCCAGCCCCCUUUCCACUCUGUUUUCCUCCCCAUGUUUCCCCAAGGUUUAUUUUUCCUAUUUUAAUGCAGCCAAGCCAUAACUUCCCGGUCCCCUCUCCCUGCCAUGCCUCUGUACGAAUCUCUGUUCAGGCUUCUCCCGCCUUCAGAGCGCUGGGAUUGGCUCCUUGCCCUUUCACUCCCCCUUUUUCCGGCACAGAGACUCUGCAGGAAUGCCUCUGCCCUUUUCCUUCCCGCAUUCCUCCAUCCGGAACAGGAACUCACACAGAGAGACGCAUCCCUCACUCUAUGCUUCUGCAAGAGGAAGAGUGAAGUGUCCCUUAGGGAUAUUGAAGCGGUUGCCAGCUAUUUAAUUUCGCUCUUUUUCUCCCCCAGAACAAACAUCAUGACAUCCCCGUUUGUGGUCGAGAGCCCAGAUGUCAAGUACACCCCAGACUUCAUUGAGGCCAGAUACAGCUACCCCACAGCUCAAGUCUGCCAGGAAAACGGGGUGACCAAGGUAUGGUAUAAAAUGGGGAAUGGGGGGGGUGGGAACCUCAAGAUGGGUGAGAUGAAUGAAGGAGUAGAGGUGAGAGGGGCAUCAGACGUGCCUUAAACUGGUCCACACCAAUUUGAACUACCUGGCAGUGUACAGAGGUACAGUGGUACCUCUGGUUAAGUACUUAAUUCGUUCCAGAGGUCCGUUCUUAACCUGAAACUGUUCUUAACGUGAACCACCACUUUAGCUAAUGGGGCCUCCUGCUGCUGGUGCGCCGCCAGAGCACGAUUUCUGUUCUCAUCCUGAAGCAAAGUUCUUAACCCGAGGUACUAUUUCUGGGUUAGCGGAGUCUGUAACCUGAAGCGUCUGUAACCUGAAGCGUAUGUAACCUGAGGUACCACUGUAUAUGGCUGGUGGGCAUGCAGCUUCCUUCCUAAGCCUUUGCGGGAGUAGAGCGAUCCCCGCAGAGGCUUGGGAAAAGGACAACAAGUGGACAACUCUGGGAAACUGCUGGGGUGGGGGGUAGAGGGAUCUUUGCACCAGGGCACCGGAUAUGCUUGAGACGGCCCUCACACUGUCCCGCCAUCUCGUCCUCUGUCAUCCCCUUCUCCUUGUGCCCUCCAUCUUUCCCAACAUCAAGGUCUUUUCCAGGGAGUCUUCUCUUCUCACGAGGUGGCCAAAGCCUUGGAGCCUCAGCUUCAGGAUCUGUCCUGACGUUCUUCUGAAUUGUCACUCCCGCAGGUGAAGCCGUCCUCCACCGAUGUCGUUUUCCGCACAGAGAGGCGUGUCCCCAAGCUGGGCGUGAUGCUCGUUGGAUGGGGCGGGAACAACGGUUCCACGGUGACGGCCGCCGUCUUAGCCAAUCGGCUGGGCCUCUCCUGGAUGACCAAGACGGGACGGAAGGCGAGUGAAACUGGGGGCAGCUAUUGGGCUUUAUGUGGGAACGAGGGCUAAAAACAGGAGUAAGGAAAGUUUUGUGCCGGGCCAAGUCCGACUAGCCUUUUGGUGGCAACAAAUGUUGCCACCAACAAAUAAAAAUCUAUCUUUUUUUAUUUGCAGGGUGUGUGUGUGUGUGUCCAUGAUUGUUUUUAUUUCUGCCAAUUUGUUGUUUCCUUCACUUCUGUUUUCCUUUGGUUGUCGUCGAGUCACUCUGGGAAAUUUGUUUGAACUGAGAUGCAUUCCCAACAUCAGGGUCUUUUCCAGGGAGUCUUCUCUUCUCAUGAGGUGGCCAAAGUCUUGGAGCCUCAGCUUCAGGAUCUGUCCUUCCAGUGAGCACUCAGGGCUGAUUUCCUUCCGAAUGGAGAGGUUUGAUCUUCUUGCAGUCCAUGGGACUCUCAAGAGUCUCCUCCAGCACCAGAAUUCAAAAGCAUCCAUUCUUCGGCGAUCAGCCUUCUUUAUGGUCCAGCUCUCACUUCCAUACAUCACUACCGGGAAAACCAUAGCUUUAACUAUAGGGACCUUUGUUGAGGCAGAUGAUAUCAAAAACAAAUUUGAGGAACCGCAGAAAGAGGGGGAAGGAAGACCUUUGUUGGCAAGGUGAUGUCUCUGCUUUUUAAGAUGCUGUCUAGGUUUGUCAUUGCUUUUCUCCCAAGAAGCAGGCAUCUUUUAAUUUCGUGGCUGCUGUAACCAUCUGCAGUGAUCAUGGAGCUCAAGAAAGUAAAAUCUCUCACUGCCUCCAUUUCUUCCCCUUCUAUUUGCCAGGAGGUGAUGGGACCAGUGGCCAUGAUCUUUGUUUUUUUGAUGUUGAGCUUCAGACCAUAUUUUGCGCUUUCCUCUUUCACCCUCAUUAAAAGGUUCUUCAAUUCCUCCUCACUUUCUGCCAUCAAUGUUGUGUCAUCUGCAUAUCUGAGGUUGUUGAUAUUUCUUCCGGCAAUCUUAAUUCCGGCUAGGGAUUCAUCCAGACCAGCCUUUCGCAUGAUGAAUUCUGCAUAUAAGUUAAAUAAGCAGGGAGACAAUAUACAGCCUUGCCGUACUCCUUUCCCAAUUUUGAACCCAUCAGUUGUUCCAUAUCCAGUUCUAACUGUAGCUUCUUGUCCCACAUAGAGAUUUCUCAGGAGACAGAUGAGGUGAUCAGGCACUCCCGUUUCUUUAAGAACUUGCCAUAGUUUGCUGUGGUCGACACAGUCAAAGGCUUUUGCAUAGUCAAUGAAGCAGAAGUAGAUGUCUUUCUGGAACUUUGCUGGGUUCCCUCCGUGAAUCGGGAAGGUUGUGGGCUGAAGCUGUGAGCCGAGAUCUCAACGUUUCUAAUAAGUCUCCCUCCUUUCUCCCCCCUAGCAUGCCAACUAUUACGGAUCUCUUUUGCAAGCAUCCACUGUUUGUCUGGGCAGCGGUCCGACCGGCGACGUCUACAUCCCUUUCCGCGAUCUUCUUCCAAUGGUUCACCCCAAUGAUAUCGUGUUUGAUGGUAAGUGCUGGGUUCGAAUCUCCCCGGACAUAGCCGGGAUUUGGCCGUCGGAAAUGAUGUCCGGGCGGAAAUUGCCUAAAAGUUAUUUACAGAUAAAUUGCAAGCAGAUAAAAACACUGGCCGGAUUAUAACCUGCAGUUACGUAAGAGUAUAUAUUUAAAGAAGACAAAUGAAUGAGUAAAUUAAGUUCAUUUGGAUAGGCAGAAGAUGUUGUUGUUUAGUCGUGUCUGACUCUUUGUGACCCCCUGGACCAGAGCACGCCAGGCACUCCUGUCUUCCACUGCCUCCCGCAGUUUGGUCAAACUCAUGCUAGUAGCUUCGAGAACACUGUCCCACCACCUCGUCCUCUGUCGUCCCCUUCUCCUUGUGCCCUCCAUCUUUCCCAACAUCAGGGUCUUUUCCAGGGAGUCCUCUCUUCUCAUGAGGUGGCCAAAGUCUUGGAGUCUCAGCUUCAGGAUCUGUCCUUCCAGUGAGCACUCAGGGCUGAUUUCCUUAGGAAUGGAGAGGUUUGAUCUUCUUGCAGUCCAUGGGACUCUCAAGAGUCUCCUCCAGCACCAGAAUUCAAAAGCAUCCGUUCUUCGGCGAUCAGCCUUCUUUAUGGUCCAGCUCUCACUUCCAUACAUCACUACUGGGAAAACCAUAGCUUUUACUAUACGGACCUUUGUUGAGGCAGAUGAUAUCAAAAACAAAUUUGAGGAACCGCAGAAAGAGGGGGAAGGAAGUCAGGUUUGGAAACGUCAACGUGUUUGUAAUGUAUAUAUCUGAGAAGUAUAAAUAAAAAAAGAAAUAAAAUAAAAAAAAAGAAAUCGCUUAAAUGUCCAAACCUUUCAAAUGUAAGGCAGUGAAAAGACAUACGUUUUAGAGAAACAUUAUCCUUGUUUCAUCUCCAACAGUUAGAUACCUUAGAUCAGGCAUGUCCAAAGUCCGCUUUGGGACCUAAACCGGCCCGCUGGUCAGUUUAAUCUGGUCCCUGUGACAGUUUAUUUCCUGGGGUAAAAUCCUAAAAAAACCUUUUUUUUUUUAAUGAUAUUUAUUAAGAGUUUAAAAAUUACAGAAAAAAAGAAAGAAAAUAAUAAUAAAAAAGAGAAAAAACAGUAACAAAACAUAUAAAAUAUAUAAAAGCAAUACAACAGUACAGCAAAAAGGAAAAAGGAAAAACAAAGAAGAAACUAAAACAAACAUCCAAUAUUCCAUAUUUUUACCUUUCCUUUACUUGUUUCAUCGACCUCCUCACACCUCCCUUUUUUUGUAUUCUAGUUCAAUUCACUAUUUCAGCAAGUUCUUCCCAUCUUUCUCAAUUUUUAUUCUAUAAUUUAUCUUAAUGGUCUAACCUUGAAUUUUUUCAUUUUAACCCAUUAUCACAGCUUUUACUUAAUUCUUUGUUGCAAUUCUACUAAAACCAUGUAACUUCAUUCCAGCAUCCUUCUAACACUCAUUAAUUUUACAAUGUUUCUGUAAGUAUACUUUAAAUUUUUUCCAAUCUUCUUCCACCGACUCUUCUCCCUGGUCUCGAAUUCUGCCAGUCAUUUCUGCCAGUUCCAUAUAGUCCAUCAGCUUCAUCUGCCAUUCUUCCCUGGUGGGUAAAAUCCUAAAAAAACCUCAACAACUUCAACCCUUUAAAAAGCUCAACAACUUUGGUCGGCCUUCACGGCCCUUCACUUCAUCAAAUCUGGCCCUCUUUGAAAAACGUUUGGAUGCCACUGCCUUAGAUCAUGGCUAGGCAAACUAAGGCCUGGGGGUCGGAUCCGGCCCAAUCGCCUUCUCAAUCUGGCCCGCGGACGGUCCGGGAAUCAGUGUGUUUUUACAUGAGUAGAAUGUGUCCUUUUAUUUAAAAUGCAUCUCUGGGUUAUUUGUGGGGCAUAGGAAUUCGUUCACCCCCCCAAAAAAAAUAUAGUCCGGCCCCCUACAAGGUCUGAGGGACAGUGGACCGGCCCCCUGCUGAAAAAGUUUGCUGACCCCUGCCUUAAGGUAAAGGUAGAGGGACCCCUGACCAUUAGGUCCAGUCAUGGCCAACUCUGGGGUUACAGCGCUCAUCUCGCUUUAUUGGCCGAGGGAGCCGGCGUACAGCUUCCGGGUCAUGUGGCCAGCAGGACUAAGUCGCUUCUGACGAACCAGAGCAGCGCAUGGAAACACCAUUUACCUUCCCACCGGAGUGGUACCUAUUUAUCUACUUUCACUUUGAUGUGCUUUCAAACUGCUAGGUUGGCAGGAGCAGGGACUGAGCAACGGGAGCUCACCCGUCACAGGGAUUCGAACCGCCGACCUUCUGAUUGGCAAAUCCUAGGCUCUGUGGUUUAACCCACAGCGCCACCCGCGUCCCUAUUCUGGAGUUACCCACCCCCAUAAUGCACCCCUUGAUUGUAAGACGACGACAACAAACAAUAACUUCUCCAUGUGACUUACCAGGAGACUAAAACAAUACAGUGGUACCUUGGUUAAUGAACUUAAUUUGUUCCGAAAGUCCGUUCUUAAACCAAAGCUUUCUUAAACCAAGGCGUGCUUUCCCAUAGCAUCGGGGGACUCAAGAUUUUUUUAAAAUUGGCACUUAUUAUCAUUAUCAUUAAAGGUAAAGGUAAAGGGACCCCUGACCAUUAGGUCCUGUCGUGGCCGAAUCUGGGGUUGCGGCGCUCAUUUCACGUUACUGGCCGAGGGAGCUGGCAUACAGCUUCCGGGUCAUGUGGCCAGCAUGACUAAGCCGCUUCUGGCGAACCAGAGCAGCGCACGGAAAUGCCGUUUACCUUCCCGCCGGAGCGGUACCUAUUUAUCUACUUGCACUUUGACGUGCUUUUGAACUGCUAGGUUGGCAGGAGCAGGGACCGAGCAACGGGAGCUCACCCCGUCAUUGCGGGGAUUCGAACCGCUGACCUUCUGAUUGGCAAGUCGUAGGCUCUGUGGUUUAACCCACAGCGCCACCCAUGUCCCAUGACCCCUGCCUUAGAUAGCUCUUUUUUAAAAUAAACGAAAGGUAGUGGGGGCCAGUAUAUUCACAGUGUGCCUAUUCCUGUGACCGUCUUGCCCUUUUUCCUCCCGCCAGGCUGGGACAUCUCUUCCCUGAACCUGGCGGAUGCCAUGCGCCGGGCGCAAGUCCUCGACUGGGCGUUGCAAGAGCAGCUGCGCCCCCACAUGGAGGACCUGAAGCCAAGGGCCUCCAUCUACAUCCCCAAGUUCAUCGCGGACAACCAGGAGGAGAGAGCCGAUAACAUCCUGACGGGAACCAUAGCACAGCAGGUGGGCGCUUGGGACCAGCGGGCGCGGGGCUCCCAGCUGCUGGCAUUGCCCCUCGUGACGGACUGGGUCCAGACCUCCUGGGCUGUUCUGUGCGCAGGAUAGCUCUGCAAAGCUUGGGUUUAUUACAAUGUCCUGGGUUUGAUUCCCGGCAGCGUCGCCUGGGAGAGAAACGCUGCCAGUCUGUGUUUGCCAAACUGGGUUAGAUGGCCCAGGGGGGUUGACUUGGCCUAAAGCAACGUUCUCUGAUUUUAAACCAGUCGUUUAUUCAGAAGCUUGAAGACUUGUCUUAGUUUCUAAGGGAGGAACCGCAUCUCAGCUGUUCAACAUCCCAUAAUGCUCCUGGGGAAAACUCCCUUGUCAGAAACCCUGGAUAGCUGCUGCCAGCCAGUGUAUACAAUACUGGCCUAUGUGGACCUUUGGUCUGUAGGAGGCAUUUUUUCCUAUAUUCCUACUUGAAACGACCCCUUUUAUUCAAAACCACGAGAACUGCAAUCGUAGGUUUUGUAAUAAUAAUAAUAAUAAUAAUAAUAAUAAUAAUUUUAUUUAUGCCCUGCCCUCCCCAGCCAAAACCGAGCUCAGAGCGGCUAACAUCAGAUAUAGAACAUAUUACCAUAAAAUCAAGCAAUCAAUUAAAAUACAUCCUGAAAUCAAAUCAGAAUCAAAGUGAAAUCUAAUCAGAUAGCAACCCGCAAAUUAGGGAUGGGGACAUUAGAUGCUUAAAUUCCUAAAAAAAGGAACGGUCCCAUAGGGCAGUAAUGGAUCACCUGCUUUGCAUGUGAUCUCUUCAGGUUCAGAAGUCCUGGCAAGUUGUGGCUGCCAGUCAGUGUGGGCAGCUAGAUGGACUCCUCAAGGUAUCCCAGGGGUUCGUUCGCCAUUUUGGGUUGGGAAAUGCCAUUGUAGAAUACCUGAUUAAUCUCGUCCCCUCCUCCCCUUUACUUAGAUGGCCCAGAUCCGACAGGAUAUCCGGGACUUCAAGAAUUCCAGCAGGGUAGACAAAGUGAUUGUGCUCUGGACGGCAAACACGGAGUGCUUUUGCGACGCCCAGCCCGGUGUGAACGACACAGCCGACAACUUGCUCCAAGCCAUCGAGGCAAGUUGCCCAAAUACCUCCCUUCGCCCUCCUCCUCUUUAAUCUGCACUGUCUCUUUUCCUGAGCCUUCUACUUCAAUUGUUGGUUGGUUGGUUUUUAAAUGAAUUGCAGGGUCCUUUCUCUGCGAAGCGAGUUCAAACUUCCCUUGGCUCCCAAACUUCCCUUGGCUCCCGAGCAAGCGAAGGAGCCAUGGGAAAGACAAGGGGGUCCAUGGGAAACUGAAGUUCUGCAAAGGGCCGCCAUUUUUGGGAUGGCAUUUCUCCAAAUUGUGUGUGGGGGGGCAUAUCUGUGGCCCUCCAGGCCUUGCAGGACCCAGGCUUCCACAGUUGUUGCCAUCAUCAUCUCUGACGGGGGGCCGAUGCGAGUGCGAGUCCUGCAACCUCAAAAGGGCCACAGGCGCUCCCCUUCCCUGAUCUGAAGAUUGUUUCCCUCUCAGGAAAGGGAAGGACUUUUCUAAAGAGCAGGGGUCACCAACCGAAGACGCAACCCACGGAGGCCUUUUAACUGGUCCACGAGUCGCCCCCCCCACCGAGCCGUCUGCUUGACGAGGCCCCACGCACUGCGCUAAAGUGGCACAGCGCAGGGACUCUCUUCCGCGGCUCUGGAAAUUGCUUCCGCACAUGCCCAGAUGCCUGAAAUCGCGUUUGCGCAUGUCCGUGGUGCCAGAAAUCGCUUCUGCGCAUGCCCAGCCGCUUCUGCGCAGGUGCAGUUUUCGGCAUCUGGGCAUGCGCAGAUGUGAUUUCCGGUGUUGCGCUGUGCCGGCCCAGCUCACGGAGGAUCUCCGCAGGAGUAAUUCGGCCCAUACCCAGUAAGCCUUGCCAACCCCUGCUAAAGAGAAACACUUGCCCGACUCUCAUAUAACAGGGAUGCUUGCAAAAGCCCAGAUGUGUUGCUACAGGACAGAACCCAGCAAGUUCCUAGUCCCUGGGGUAUAUGGUUUUAGGGAGAGGGGAUCUAGGGUCAUCUAGCCCAACCCCCUACAACACAGGAUUUUUUUUGCCCAACCUGAAACUCGAACCCACAACCCUUAGAUUGAGAGUGAGGGAUCUUGCUGGCCGCCGAGAGUUGGGAUCUAGAGGCCCUCCCUAGUGAGCUUUUGUGGUUGGGGGGCGUGCCUGGGUGGGAGAGGUGCCCCCCAAGACAUCUUCUGCCUUGCCGCCCAUCAAACCUCCCCUUUUCUCUUGCUUUUUUGGGGGUCCAGUGCGGUCUGGACGUCUCGCCCUCCACCCUCUUUGCCGUCGCCAGCAUCUUAGAGGGGUGCAGCUAUAUCAACGGCUCCCCCCAGAAUACCUUUCUGCCGGGGGUCAUCCAACUGGCGGUCCAACGCCGCGUCUUCAUCGUCGGCGAUGACUUCAAGUCUGGUCAGACGAAGAUGAAGUCAGUCCUGGUGGAUUUCCUCAUCAGCUCUGGGAUUAAGGUGAGCCGCUUAACCCAAAAGGUCCUAAGGAAACUUCCCCAACCAUUCUCUUUUUGUUGGGAUGCUGUCUUCUUUCCAACAGGGGAAACGUUGCGAGUACCUGGAACUAGCAAAACCGGCGGAUAUAAUAAGGAGGAAAUCCAAAACCGUGGUUAUGAAGCAAUGGGAGUUCUUAAAUGAUUACUGUAUUUUUCGCUCUAUAAGACGCACCAGACCACAAGACGCACCUAGUUUUUGGAGGAGGAAAACAAGAAAAAAAUAUUCUGAAUCUCAGAAGCCAGAACAGCAAGAGGGAUCGCUGCGCAGUGAAAGCAGCAAUCCCUCUUACUGUUCUGGCUUCUGUGAUAGCUGUGCAGCCUGCAUUCGCUCCAUAAGACGCACACACAUCUCCCCUUACUUUUUAGGAGGGAAAAAGGGAGUCUUAUAGAGCAAAAAAUACGGUAUUUACAAAACCAAGGCUCGACUACAAAAACCUGGUUGUGUUUAGAAUAAUCUUGUGCGUAAUAUAAAAAACACAAAGUGAGACAUUAAGGAAAUCCAAAGGGAAAAUAUGAAGAACAAAUGGAUUAUAAAAAACGCGUGAGGCACACGGUGGAAGUCUUUUAAAAAAACAACACUUUUUAAGGUAGAUAAGGACAAGAUGAAAUUAUGCAAUUGAAUAUAAAUAUAGAUGGGAAACGGCUAUGUUUAGUGAAUGCUUAUCUACUUUAAAAAAUUUUCACCUAUGAUUCUUUUCUUCUAAUUCUUUAUUUUUUCUUUGUUCUUUUUUAUUUUUUUUCUGAUAUCUUAUCUUUCAUUUCACUCCUUUAUGGUGCAUAGCAUUUUAUAGAGGUAUAAAUAAAUAUGAAAAGAGGCAAAGUAUUCUCUAAUUUUUCCCCUUGGUUAUAUGUAUUUUCUUUUUCCUUUGUAUUUUCUUUUGCUGUAAAUAUGUAUGUUUUCUAAUUUGUACUUAAUAAUAAUAAUAAUAAUAAUAAGAUCCUAAGGAAACGUCGAAACCAUCCCUUGCUCCACCUGCUAUUGCCUCUGGACCCCCCUAUCGCUGGCGUGCUGCCCCCAAAACGUUGCCCAGAAGUGACUCUUGAUACAGAAACGAGAGCAGUAGGGAGAUCUGUCCAUAGGAGUCUCUGCUGACCCCUAGCUUGACCCCUGGGGCAGCCAAACCAGCUCAACUGGUUCCAAACCGGACUCUCGAACCAGGAGAAGGUAGCUGUUAGGUGUCUGCUUUGCAACAGUCCCACUUUGCUAUUUAAUCGAGCUGUUUCCUGAGGCCUAGCAACUUUGUGUCGUUUUAGUAAUAUGAAUAGUAAUAAUUUUAUCAUUUAAAUGCCGCCCAGCGGACUGCCGUAAUCACUCUGGGCGGAUGCCAGCAAAAUAUUAAAAACGUGAUAAAACAUCAGUGGUUAAAAAAUUCCCCAAACAGGGCUGCCUUCAGAUGUCUCCUAAAAGUCAGGUAGUUGUUUAUUUGCUUGACAUCUGCCGGGUGGGCGUUCCACAGGGCGGGCGCCACCACCGAGAAGGCCCUCUGCCUGGUUCCCUGCAACCUAGCUUCUCGCAAGGAGGGAACCACCAGAAGGCCCUUGGAGCUGGACCUCAGUGUCUGGGCUGGACGGUAGGGGUGGAGACGCUCCUUCAGGUCUACUGGGCCUUUGAGGCCAUUUAGGGCUUUCAAGGUCAGCACCAACACUUUGAAUUGUGCUCGGAAACGUACUGGGAGCCAAUGUAGGUCUUUCAAGACCGGUGUUAUGUGGUCUCGGCGGCUGCUCCCAGUCACCAGUCUGGCUGCCGCAUUUUGGAUUAGUUGUAGUUUCUGGGUCACCUUCAAAGGUAGCCCCACAUAGAGCGCAUUGCAGUAGUCCAAGCGAGAGAUAACUAGAGCAUGCACCACUCUGGUGAGACAGUCUGUGGGCAGGUAGGGUCUCAGCCUGCAUACCAUACUGGGAGCCAGUGAAGGUCUUUUAGGACCGGUGCUAUACAUUCCCAGUCUGAAUUAGUUGCCGUUUCCGAGUCGCCUUCAAAGGUAGCCCCACGUAGAGUGCAUGGCAGUAGUCCAAGCGGGAGAUAACUAGAGCAUGGAGAAUAAAUGAGAAUAGGAAAAGCGCCGGGGCCAGAUGGUAUCUCGGCUAAAUAUUAUAAAAUAUUAAGUGACCAAAUUUCCCCAGUGCUAUGUGAAGUCAUGAACAAUGUAUUAAAAGAAGGGAGAAUUCCAAACACCUGGAAAGAAGCGUAUAUUACCUUAAUCCCUAAAAAAGACACAGAUGGUUUAGAGGUAAAAAAUUAUAGACCUAUUUCGUUACUAAAUAACGACUAUAAAUUAUUCGCAGACGUACUGGCAGAAAGGUUAAAAAAAGUCUUAAAUAAAAGAAUCCAUAAAGACCAAACGGGUUUCCUCCCGGGGAGACAACUGAAAGACAACGUAAGAAAUGUGAUUGACAUCAUUGAGUAUUUGGAUACUAGAAUAGACAAACAGGCGGCGCUGAUCUUCAUUGACGCCGAGAAGGCAUUUGACAACGUCUCCUGGCGUUUCAUGAAGGAAAAUUUAAAAAUGAUGGGAAUUGGUGAAGGAUUUAGAAAAGGUAUUGACGCAAUUUAUCAAGAGCAAAAUGCCAAACUUAUAAUAAAUAACAAUAUAUCAGAGGCCUUUGAUAUUGCCAAAGGGACUAGACAAGGUUGUCCUUUAUCCCCUUUGUUAUUUAUAACAGUGUUGGAAGUGUUUAAUAAAAGGUUAAGGGAAACACCGGAAGUUAAAGGAAUUAAGGUAGGAAGUAAGGAAUUCAAAAUAAAAGCAUUUGCAGAUGACUUGAUAUUAACAUUGGAAGAUCCUAAGAACAGUCUACAAGCAGCCUUACAGAAAUUAGAAGAAUUUGGAAAAGUGGCAGGUUUUAAGCUUAACAGGAAUAAGACCAAAAUGAUAACAAAAAUAUAACCAAGGAAGAGAUAGCAGAGCUAGAACAAAGGACAGGAAUUACGGUUGUUAAGAAGGUAAAAUAUUUAGGAGUGUGGAUCACAGCAAAAAUAUAAACUUAUAUAAAGAUAAUUAUGAGGCUACUUGGAAGGGUGUCAAGAAAGACUUAGAAAUCUGGGAGAGAUUGAAACUUUCUUUCUUAGGGAGGAUCUCGGUUAUUAAAAUGAAUGUCCUGCCCAGAAUGUUAUUUUUUUCCAAACUAUACCAGUAAUGAAAGGACUAAAACAGUGUAAAGAUUGGCAAAGGAUCUUAGCGAGAUUCAUCUGGCAGGGGAAAAGACCACGAAUAAAAAUGAAAAUAUUGGUAGACAAAAAAGAAAGAGGGGGUUUUUCUUUACCAGAUUUGAGUCUAUACUAUGAGGCGGCUUGUUUAAUGUGGGUGAAAGACUGGAUAAAGUUAGAGAAUACUGAUAUCUUGGAUUUAGAGGGCUUUGAUAACAGGUACGGAUGGCACUCGUACCUGUGGUACGAAAAGGUGAAAGUUCAUAGAGGCUUUCUAAAUCAUAUAAUCAGAGGAUCAUUAUUUCAAGUAUGGGAAAGAAAUAAGAACUUGCUGGAAAAGAAAACUCCAUGGUGGAUCUCACCAAUUGAUGUCUUAACUGUUAAAAAACUAAUAUGGAAGGGAAAAGAGCCACCUAUGAAGAACUUAUCAAUAAAACUGAUCAGGGCAUAAAACUCAAGCCCUAUGAGGAGGUAAAGAAUGUACUUACGGGAUGGUUGCAAUACCAUCAAGUGAAUGAUCUGUUAAAAGAUGAUAAAAAGAAACUGGGAUUUGAAGAUAAAAAAUCUAAAUUUAAUGUAGAAAUUAUUGAAGGCAAAAACAAAACAUUAUCUAGCAUGUAUGACCUUUUACUGGAUUGGUACACAAAAGACGAAGAGGUGAAGGAGGCUAUGAUAAAAUGGGCCAUAGACAUUGGUUACAACAUUGACUUUGUAAAGUGGCAGGAAUUGUGGAAUGUAAAUAUGAAAUUCACGGCGUGUACGGCAUUAAGGGAGAAUCUCUGGAAGAUGAUUCAUAGGUGGUAUCUCACACCAGUGAAAUUGGCUAAGAUUUACAAACUGAAGAAUAAGAAGUGCUGGAAAUGUGGAGAGGAAGAUGGUGAGUUCUACCACAUGUGGUGGACAUGCAGGAAAGUAAAAGGCUUUUGGGAACUGAUCUACAAUGAGCUUAAAAGGAUUUUUAAAUAUACUUUUCCCAAAAGCCUGAAGCUUUCCUGCUAGGAAUAGUUGGCAAGGAAAUUAAAAAGAGGAUAAAAAUCUGUUUCUAUAUGCCACAACGGCCGCUAGAAAUAUGUUGGCCCAAAGCUGGAAAACAGAAUUAAUACCUACUAUAGACGACUGGCAGAACAAGAUGAUAAAUUAUGUUGAACUAGCUAGAAUAACAGGAAGACUAAGAGACCAGGAUGACCAGAAGUUUCAUGAAAAUUGGAAUAAAUAUCUGACGUAUAUAAGAGAUAAGUAUAGAACUUUGAGGACUCUGGCAGGGUUAGAAUAACUCUAACAGUGUUUGGCAAAUAUGUAAAGGAGAUAAAACAUGUAACUUUAGAAAUUAUCUGAUACUUAUCAAUAAAGUGAAGGGAAGUCCGAGGCUCGGUGGAGCCUAUAAAUAAUUGUGUACUAUAUAUAUGAUUUUGUAACAGCUAUGUUAUAUGCAACUUAUGUAAUCUAGACUGUAUAUAUGUAUAAUCAAUGAAAAUUAAUAAAAAUGUAUUUAAAAAAAAAAAAGAGCAUGGACCGCUGUGGCGAGACCAUGCGCAGGCAGGGAGGGUCUCUGAUGGAGCUGGUGGACGCAGAAUGGAUCUGCGCCUCCACGGACAGCUGUGAGUCCAAAAUGACCCCCAGGCUGCACACCUGGUCCUUCAGGGGCACGGUUACCCCAUUUGGGAUCAGGGAGUCCUGCAAGCCAUGCCUCUCAUUGCUGCCCCCCUCUCUCUCUUGGGUUCCAGCCCGUCUCCAUCGUCAGCUACAACCACCUUGGCAACAACGACGGGAAGAAUCUUUCUGCCCCAGCCCAGUUUCGCUCCAAGGAGAUUUCAAAGAGUAACGUCGUGGACGACAUGGUACAGUCGAAUCCCAUCCUCUAUGGGCCCGGCGAGCGCCCAGACCAUUGUGUGAGUAGGGGCAGAGGGUGGUCAACAUUUGCCCUGUGCCUUCCUGCACCAGGCUAGGGCAAGGCUUGCCUGGAUGGGACGAGGAAAAUAAUAAUAAUAAUGAUAAUAAUUUAUUAUUUAUACCCCGCCCAUCUGGCUGAGUUUCCCCAGCCACUCUGGGCAGCUCCCAACUGAGUGUUAAAAACAAUACAGCAUUAAAUAUUAAAAACUUCCCUGAACAGGGCUGCCUUCAGAUGUCUUUUAAAGAUAGGAUAGCUGCUUAUUUCUUUCACAUCUGAUGGGAGGGCGUUCCACAGGGCGGGUGCCACCACCGAGAAGGCCCUCUGCCUGCUUCCCUGUAACUUGGCUUCUUGCAAUGAGGGAACCGCCAGAAGGCCCUCAGUGCUGGAUCUCGGUGUCCGGGCAGAACGAUGGGGGUGGAGACACUCCUUCAGGUAUACAGGACCGAGGCCGUUUGGGGCUUUAAAGGUCAGCACCAACACUUUGAAUUGUGCUUGGAAACGUACUGGGAGCCAAUGCAGAUCUCUCAGAACCGGUGUUAUGUGGUCCCGGCGGCCGCUCCCAGUCACCAGUCUGGCAGCCGCAUUCUGGAUUAAUUGCAGUUUCCGGGUCACCUUCAAAGGUAGCCCCACAUAGAGCGCAUGGCAGUAGUCCAAGCGGGAGAUAAACAGAGCAUGCACCACUCUGGCAAGACAGUCUGCGGGCAGGUAGGGUCUCAGCCUGCGUACCAGGUGGAGCUGGUAGACAGCCGCCCUGGACACAGAAUUAACUUUUGCCUCUAUGGACAGCUGUGAGUCCAAAAUGACUCCCAGGCUGCGCACCUGGUCCUUCAGGGGCACAGUUACCCCAUUCAGGAUUGUUGUCCCUGUUUCCUCACCAGUGCCCAUUCCCCUCCUCUCCCCGGACAGGUGGUGAUCAAGUAUGUCCCUUACGUCGGCGACAGCAAGCGGGCUCUGGACGAAUACACCUCCGAGAUUGCAAUGGGCGGCACGAGCACCAUAGUCAUUCACAACGUCUGCGAGGUGCGUGAGGAAUGGCGCCGGGAGCGGAUGAGGAAGUGGGGAGUGUUGUUCCCUACUCCAAGUCCCCAUUUGGAGAAAAAGAGCUAGGAAAUGUGCAGCUAAGGUUCGCCGGCUAUGAAGGACUUGCUCGCAAAUUUCAUUGACAGCUGCACGAAUUACCGUAUUUUUCGCUCUAUAAGACGCACCAGACCACAAGACGCACCUAGUUUUUGGAGGAGGAAAACAAGAAAAAAAAUAUUCUGAAUCUCAGAAGCCAGAACAGCAAGAGGGAUCGCUGCGCAGUGAAAGCAGCAAUCCCUCUUGCUGUUCUGGCUUCUGGGAUAGCUGCGCAGCCUGCAUUCGCUCCAUAAGACGCACACACAUUUCCCCUUACUUUUUAGGAGGGGAAAAGUGAGUCUUAUAGAGCAAAAAAUACGGUAUUAUAUCUAGGAAGCGCAAGCGAAAUAGCAGGGAGGAUUGGUAUAUAUAUAUAGAGGUGUGGGAUAUAGUAUUGAUGAUAACAUGUGCGGUUAAGGCAGCCUUUCUCAACCUGUGGGUGCCCAGAUGUUGUUGGACUACAACUCCCAUCCUCCCUGAGCUCUGGCCUUGCUAGCUAGGGGUGAUGGGAGUUGUAGUUCAACAACAUCUGGGGACCCACAGGCUGAGAAAGGCUGCGUUCAGGCAAGGCGGGAAAUACACAGGGUAAAUGAUUUGGAGGAGAUGUGGAAGGUGUUUGUGGAAUUUGUACUGUUAAAACGGAAAGGGGUCAAACCAUUGCAAAAGGUGUUGAAAUUUUGGGAGGUUGGAUAGUUACAAUGGAAUGGUAUUUAUUUAUGAUUAUUACUUUGUCAAAAUAGGGACCCGGGUGGCGCUGUGGGUUAAACCACAGAGCCUAGGACUUGCUGAUCAGAAGGUCGGCGGUUCGAAUCCCUACGACGGGGUGAGCUCCCAUUGCUCGGUCCCAGCUCCUGCCAACCUAGCAGUUCGAAAGCACGUCAAAGUGCAAGUAGAUAAAUAGGUACCACUUCAGUGGGAAGGUAAACGGCAUUUCCAUGCGCUGCUCUGGUUUGCCAGAAGUGGCUUAGUCCUGCUGGCCACAUGACCCGGAAGCUGUACGCCGGCUCCCUCGGCCAGUAAAGCGAGAUGAGCUCCGCAACCCCAGAGUCGGUCAGGACUGGACCUAAUGGUCAGGGGUCCCUUUACCUUUAACUUAUUUUGUCAAAGUAAUAAAAUAUUGGGGGGAGGGGAGAGAUAAUGAGCGGCUAUUUUCAAGCUGGGGAGACAGGUGCGAAUUAUCGCGUCUGAGGGGUUAGGGUUAGGGUUAGAACAACAUGGCAAAUCCUUCCUGCUGCCCCCAUCUCUGUAGGAUUCCUUACUGGCCAGCCCUAUAAUCUUGGAUUUGGUGAUCCUGGCUGAGCUCUGCGAACGGAUCCGAGUGACCGUCGAGGGCGACUCGGAGCCUGAGCCGCUGCACAGCAUCUUGUCUCUCCUGGGUUUCCUCUGCAAGGCUCCCCUCGUUCCUGAAGGAGCGCCGGUGGUCAACGCUUUCUUUCGCCAAAGGGCCGCCAUCGAGAACCUGUUCAGGUAAUCACAGGAAACUGGGUGGUAGCCGGCCUUGGUCCUCCUUCUGAGGAGACCCACCGAACUGAGCAGGCGUAACUAACUUGGAUCCGUUCAUUGUCAGGGGGUUUGCUCUGAGAGGGACACGGUUUGGUCUGGGGUAUCAGGACGUGGCUUUAAGUAACCAUAGCAAGCUAGCUAUCUUCCUAUAUACAUAUAAACGUAAGCGUGUCGUCACGCUGCAGUCUGCGUAGCUGCCAAUGGAAGUGUGUGCAUUUGUGCACAUAAACACACACACACAUAUACUGUGGACCAUGGUUUGUAUUUGCCCCCUCCCAAAAACGUUUUGUUGUGUUUCAAAGCACACACACGCAAUUUGCCAUUUUGAGAUCCUUUCCCAGCUUUAAACAUAUUGUUACUGACCUCUCCUUUGAGUCCUCCACCGUGAAGCCUUUUAUAUAUAUAAUAAACUAAUUUUUAUUAUUUUUAAAGCUUGGAAAACGAAUAUACAGGGCCACCCUGGCCUAAGAGUCCACAUCACUGAGGCAGUGCUGACAGAAUAGCCCAUACUGAGCUUUAGAACAGAGACCCAGUUUCAGUAUCACAAAGGCCUCAUAAUUCCUUUUCCUUCCUUCCAAACACAUCUUCCGGGGGCUUAGCCCCCAAACCCCUUGGGUGUGUCUGAGGCUAUUCCAGGUUACUCCAGGUGCAAACCAGCUCCAAACCUGGACCUUUAAAAUAAAUAAACCUCCCAAAUAUUAUAUGUCACCCAUUUGACUGGGUUUCCCCAAGCCACUCUGGGCGGCUGCCGACAAAAUAACUGAAAACACAACAGAACAUCAACCGUUAAAAAAACUUCCCUGAAAAGGUCUGCCCGUUUUGGCGAUGCUCUGGUAACCAUGGAAACCUCCUCCCUGCAUCUGUUAACUCUCACCCCCCCAAAGGGAUGAGUUGCACCAGUAACCAUGGCAACCCUGGGCCUAGCGAAACCCUCAUUGAUUGGGGUCUCCAUGGUAACCCUGUGGGGUGAGGUCUCUACAAUUCUCCCUCCCUCUUUUGAGACAGACAGAUGGAAAUAGGGUCUGAUCCUGGCACUAGGGAGAUGCUGCCAGUCAGGGUAAGGCAAUACUGAACUGUAUUGCUCACUGGUCUGCGGUGUCCAAUUUGUUGUUGUUGAGUCAUUUAGUCGUGUCCGACUCUUCGCGACCCCCUGGACCAGAGCACGCCAGGCACUCCUGUCUUCCACUGCGUCCCGUAGUUUGGUCAAACUCAUGCUGGUAGCUUCAAGAACACUGUCCCACCAUCUCGUCCCCUUCUCCUUGCGCCCUCCAUCUUUCCCAACAUCAGGGUCUUUUCCAGGGAGUCUUCUCUUCUCCUGAGGUGGCCAAAGUCUUGGAGCCUCAGCUUCAGGAUCUGUCCUUCCAGUGAGCACUCAGGGCUGAUUUCCUUCAGAAUGGAGAGGUCUGAUCUUCUUGCAGUCCAUGGGACUCUCAAGAGUCUCCUCCAGCACCAGAAUUCAAAAGCAUCCAUUCUUCGGCGAUCAGCCUUCUUUAUGGUCCAGCUCUCACUUCCAUACAUCACUACUGGGUAAACCAUAGCUUUAACUAUACGGACCUUUGUUGGCAAGGUGAUGUCUCUGCUUUAUAAGAUGCUGUCUAGGCUUGUCAUUGCUUUUCUCCCAAGAAGCAGGCGUCUUUUAAUUUCGUGGCUGCUGUCACCAUCUGCAGUGAUCAUGGAGCCCAAGAAAGUAAAAUCUCUCACUGCCUCCAUUUCUUCCCCUUCUGUUUACUGGGAGGUGAUGGGCCCAGUAGCCAUGAUCUUUGUUUUCCCCCCAUCCAAUUUAAACAAGUGCUUCAAUCAGAACCAGGAGGACUGGAAUCUUAGCUUAUUUUAAACGCUUUGUGUGUAGAAGGUCCCAGGCUCCCUGGAUAGCCACGGCUGCCAGUCCGUGCUGGCAGUAAGCUCAGCGCAAGCUCACUAUAAAGGCAGCACCCUGUGUUCCCUAUCCGAAUCAGCCACGAGGAGUAGAAACUCACCUUGUUUUUAGGAAUACAGCGGUACCUUGGUUCUCAAACGCCUUCGUGCUCAAACAACUUGGAACCCAAACACUGCAAACCUGGAAGUUAAGUGUUUUGGUUUGUGAACUUUUUUUGGAAGCCGAACAUGCUCCGAUUUGAGUGCUACGGUGAGGUCUGUCUGUUUUUGCUAUUUAUUUUGCGUUUUUGUUUUUUUGUUUUUUUAAAUAAUAUUUAUUAAAGUUUCAAAAGAAGAAAAAUCACAUUAAUAAAAAGAUUAACAAUAAAAAAGAAAAAUACAAAGUAGAAAAAAGAAAAAACAGUUAAAAACAAUUCCAUCUUUUCAUCACUUCUUUUACCUUUACUUGUUUCCCGGACCUCCUCAUACCUCCCUCUUUUGUAUUCCAAUUCAAUUUGUUAAUCCAUCAAUUCCUUUCCCUCCUUUUUAGUCCUAAUCUUUAAUCUUGAUAUAUUAUAACAUUAAAUUUUUACAUAUUAGAAACCAAUUUUUCCAUAUUCUUUUUAUUUUGCGUUUUUGUGGCUCUUUUUUUGUUUUGGUUUUGGGACUGCGUGGAAUCCAGUUCGGCUACCGAUUGAUUGUGUGACUGCAGUACAUUGUACAUUGCUUGCAUUUUAUGGAUCAGUGGUCUCGUUAGAUAGUAAAAUUCAUGUCAAAUUGCUGUUUUAGGGGUUGUUUUUAAAAGUCUGGAAUGGAUUAAUCUGUUAUUAUUAUUAUUAUUAUUAUUAUUAUUAUUAUUAUUAUACAGUGGUACCUCGGGUUAAGUACUUAAUUUGUUCCGGAGGUCCGUUCUUAACCUGAAACUGUUCUUAACCUGAAGCACCACUUUAGCUAAUGGGGCCUCCUGCUGCCACCGCGCCGACGGAGCCCAAUUUCUGUUCUCAUCCUGAAGCAAAGUUCUUAACCUGAAGCACUAUUUCUGGGUUAGCGGAGUCUGUAACCUGAAGGGUAUGUAACCUGAAGCGUAUGUAACCCGAGGUACCACAAUAAUAAUAAUAAUAAUAAUAAUAAUAAUAAUAAUAAUAUUUUAUUUAUAUCCCAUCCUCCCUAGCCAAAGCCGGGCUCAGAGUGGCUAACAACAAUAAAAGUAACACAGUAUUCUAAAACCAAUUCAUUCUAAAAUCAACUCAAAAUCAAAUUAAUGGCAACCACUGGGCUAGAGUUCUAUGAGGAUUUUGCAUUGCUUUCUAUGGGAAAGCACGCCUUGGUUUUGGAACGGUCUUCCGGAACGGGUUAAGUUUGAGAACCAAGGUACCGCUGUAAAUGAGUUCAGGAUUAGGGGAAACAACUUUCAUUUAUCUCCUUGCACAGAAGAUGGUCCGAGUGCGUAACUCAGGUUUUUCUCACCCUACAGAGCGUGCGUGGGUCUCCCCCCACAGAACCACAUGCAGCUGGAGCACAAGACCCGGAGGACGUGGCCCUGCGCCAAACAGGCCCCCCCGACGCCUGAACCCCCAGCGGCUUGGCCAGCCGCCCCCAAGAAGGCCGCCCCUCACCUGAAUGGAUUUGUGCGGUCGGCAGAGAGCAACGGGCACCAGCCUCCCACAAGCCGCCACCUCGGUUUGCAAAACUAGGCUGGCACACCGAAUUGUGGCCGGGCCACAUGGCUUGGUUAGUUUUUUUUGUGGGGGGCAGUGGGAACGAUCCUUCUCUUUCCAACGAAAAUUCAGAAGCUGCGGGUGUUUCGGGGUGUCUGUUUUUUAGUUCGAAACAAUAAACACUUAGCUAAGAGUC